CCCUCCCUCUUGUUUGCUAAUCAUUUCAUUUUACUCCUUUUUGAAGCGCUGGCUUGUUUUUUUAUCCCACUUUUCAUUUUUCCACAAUCCGCGGCUGCUCGCCUCCCUCUGAUCCCCGGCUCUCUCCGCUCCGUUCUCCCGGCGUCAGGCUCUCCGGAUCCCGGCUGAUUCUCCUGCGCGUCUUUCUCCCUCUGUCUCCCUCCUCUGAGAUGCUCUCCCUGCUCUCCGCUCCUCUCUCCGCCCUCUUUUAACUUCACAGAGACGCUGGUUUAAAGCCCGGACUGCUGCGAGCCGGGGCUGGGAUCUAAAACAACCCCGGAGAAACCCAGAGGGAUCCCGGGCUCUUCUCUGGAUCAGGACCCGCUACUUUGGGGAAGCUCGUUCGUGUGUCCCCCACCCCUCCUCCUCCCCUCCUUCUCCUCUUUCUCCACCUUAAUCCAGGUGGUCCUUUGGUUUUUUUGAGUGGCUGGUACAGGGAGGAUUAUUCUUCUUCUUCUUUCGUGUUUCUGGUGAAGACAAAGCUCCCAGAAGGACACUUUGAUGUUCUCCAUCCAGGACAGCCUCCCCCGGGGGGCCCUAACCAUGAAGGAGGAGCCGCUCCCCACCGGCAUGACCCCGGUCCGUUCCUGGAUGCAGGGCGCAGGGAUUUUGGACGCCAACACAGCGGCCCAGAGCGGGGUUGGUUUAGCCCGAGCUCACUUUGAGAAGCAGCCACCGUCCAACUUGAGGAAGUCCAACUUCUUCCACUUCGUGCUGGCGCUGUACGACCGUCAGGGUCAGCCGGUCGAGAUCGAGAGGACUUCCUACGUGGACUUUGUGGAGAAAGAUAAGGAGUACAACGGAGAGAAGACCAACAAUGGGAUCCACUACAGGCUACAGCUCCUGUACAGCAACGGCAUCAGGACAGAGCAGGAUCUGUAUGUGCGGCUGAUAGACUCCAUGACCAAACAGCCCAUCCUGUAUGAAGGUCAGGACAAGAACCCGGAGAUGUGUCGCGUCCUCCUCACCCAUGAGAUCAUGUGCAGCCGGUGUUGUGACAAGAAGAGCUGCGGAAAUCGCAACGAGACGCCCUCUGACCCCGUCAUCAUCGACAGAUUCUUCCUGAAGUUCUUCCUGAAGUGCAAUCAGAACUGUUUGAAAAAUGCAGGAAACCCCAGAGACAUGAGGAGGUUCCAGGUGGUGGUGUCCACUACGGUCAACGUGGACGGUCACGUGCUCGCCGUGUCAGACAACAUGUUCGUCCACAACAACUCCAAACAUGGCCGCCGUGCCCGACGCCUGGACCCCUCUGAAGCAGCCACUCCCUGCAUCAAAGCCAUCAGUCCGAGCGAAGGCUGGACGACCGGCGGAGCCACCGUCAUCCUCAUCGGGGACAACUUCUUCGACGGCCUGCAGGUCGUCUUUGGCACCAUGCUGGUCUGGAGCGAGCUGAUCACCCCUCAUGCCAUCCGGGUCCAGACGCCCCCUCGCCACAUCCCCGGAGUUGUGGAGGUCACGCUGUCCUACAAGUCCAAACAGUUCUGCAAAGGAGCUCCGGGACGCUUCGUGUACACCGCCUUGAACGAGCCCACCAUCGACUACGGCUUCCAGAGGCUACAGAAGGUCAUCCCUCGCCACCCCGGGGACCCUGAGAGGUUACCUAAGGAGGUGCUGUUGAAGCGAGCGGCCGACCUGGUGGAGGCUCUGUAUGGGAUGCCACACAACAACCAGGAGAUCAUCCUGAAGCGAGCGGCCGACCUCACUGAGGCGCUCUACAGCGUCCCCCGCAGUCACAACCAGCUGCCGUCACUCACCGGCUCAGCCGCUCACUCGGGGAUGAUGGGAGUGAACUCAUUCAGCAGUCAGCUCGCUGUCAACAUCUCCGAGGCCUCACAGGCCGACCAGGGGUACUCCCGUAACUCAAACAGUGUGUCUCCUCGCGGCUACGUGCCGAGCUCCACACCUCAGCAGUCCAACUACAAUACCAUCACGUCCACCAUGAACGGAUACGGAGCAGCGGGGAUGACCAAUCUGGGCGUACCUGGAUCCCCCAGCUUCCUCAACGGCUCCACUGCCAACUCUGCUUACGCAAUCAAACAGAAGAGCGCCUUCGCCCCUGUCGUGCGGCCACAGACCUCCCCGCCCCCCACCUGCACCACCACCAAUGGCAGCAACCUCCAGGCCAUGGCAGGUCUCAUUGUGCCCCCCAUGUGAGGAGGAUUCUCAGCCAGGUACCGUCAGACUCCCCACAACCCUUCCCAACCUGAAACACCACAACAACAACAUCCUUCCCACCAUCCCUCAGACCGACCCCGUCUGACCCAGAGUCCACUGCUGCACCCAAACCCGAGGAGUGCUCAUCAAUUCAGUCGCCAUCGGCCGAGGAUGUCGGUUCUUCCUGCAGCCAUUGAAGACUCCACGGCGAGCGUUUGUGAACCUGGAACAGAAAACGUCUGCAGCGGCUGCAGGUGGAGGCGG